AUGGUAGUUUCUAAUGGGCGAGUUCUGCGAUACUCCACUCUAGCGCGAUCAAGCAAGCUUCAUCUUCAAUACUAUCACGGGGCAUUUUCAUCAGCUCGACGAGCAUUUUCGUCGUCCCCUUGGCGGACGUCAAGCCUUCAUACGUCUGCCGACGCCCAACAUGCACACAAGACCAGAAACAUUGGCAUCAUUGCCCAUAUUGAUGCUGGUAAGACCACCACCACUGAGCGCAUGCUCUAUUAUAGCGGCCACACUCGACGAAUAGGUGACGUGGAUGAAGGUUCGACUGUAACCGAUUUCCUCCCAGCCGAAAGAGCUCGCGGCAUCACAAUUCAAUCCGCAGCAAUCACAUUUGAGUGGCCGCCCACGGAAGAAUGUGCUUCGCGCAGAGGUGACUCCACGCACAGUCUGCAGCCACGAGCUCGAUUUUCCCACAAUAUUAAUCUGAUUGACACUCCUGGCCAUGCAGAUUUCACAUUCGAAGUGCGACGAUCACUACGAAUCCUCGAUGGCGCGGUGUGUAUCCUCGAUGGAGUAGCAGGGGUUGAGGCUCAGACUGAGCAAGUCUGGCAUCAGGCCGGAGAGUGGAAAAUACCACGAAUCACCUACGUCAAUAAGCUCGACCGGGAAGGUGCGGCUUUUGGCAGGACUGUCCGCGAAAUAGGAUCGCGAUUGAAUGGCUGGCCUGCUGUUUGUCAGAUCCCAUGGUUCGAAGGAGGCAAGGGGCGUUUCACUGGAAUUGGUGAUGUAAUCAAUCUCCAGGGUUACCUUUAUCCCCAAGGAGGUGAUGGAAAGGGUGUCCAGCAAAUCCCAUUAUCGGUGCUUGACAAAGAUUAUCCGGAGCUUGGGACAGAGCUGAAACGAGCCCGCAUCGCCUUGGUUGAACUUCUCAGCGAGCACGAUGAAGAGCUGGUUGAAGCAUUUUUCGAAAUGGAAGAAGAUCACUUGGCCAUCACCCCAGCUCAGAUUCUUGACAGCUUACGACGGUCUUUAUUAUUGGACGACUGCUCGAUUAUCCCAGUCUUUGCUGGUGCAAGUUUCCGUAACAUUGGCGUGCAACCCCUCUUGAAUGCGGUCAACAAUCUGUUACCCAGCCCAAUUGAGCGACCAGAUCCGGAAGUGAGCAUAGGACGCGCAUGCGGAGGACUGUCUCAAUUGAUAAAGGGUGAAUUGGUCAUUGCGAAUGCGUCUGAUGCAUCAGCGAGAUCAAGCAAAAAAACCCAGCAGCUGAAAGGAGCUGAGUUGGGAAACACUUUGCAGGGCUGUGCUCUUGCUUUUAAAGUUGUCAACGACGCCAAGAAGGGUGUUCUGGUUUACAUCCGAGUGUACUCUGGAACGAUUGAGCGCAAUGCACUGCUCUAUAAUACGAAUUUACAAAAUUCGGAGAGAGCGGGCACGUUGUUACGCAUGUACGCUUCAGAUUCCGUCCCGGUUCAGAGCUUGAAAGCAGGGGAGAUUGGGGUGAUUGCAGGAUCCAAGUUCGCUAGAACAGGAGAUACUCUCAUCUCGUACAGUGGAAAUAAAGCUGUGCCUCCAGAACCUUUGAACUUGCUACAGCUGCGCCCCAUCAAUAUUCCACCACCGGUUUUCUUCGCUGCAAUCGAACCCAAUAGUCUCAGGGAGGAGAAAGACAUGCACGAAAAGCUCGGCCUUCUGUUGCGAGAAGAUCCCAGUCUUCAAGUUACACAGGAUGAAGACACUGGACAGACAUUGCUCAGUGGCAUGGGAGAACUACAUCUUGAGAUCGCUCAAGAUAGACUCGUCAAUGACCUGAAGGCCAAUGCCCGGAUGGGAAAGAUCGCUAUUGGAUAUAGAGAAACACUUCCGAAGGCUUCGAAAUCUAUUACGAAAAGUCUUGAAGGAGAUCGUGCAGCUACCAAAGGGAAAGGAGCUUGUGAAGCUCUCGUAGAGCCAUGGGACCAGUCGGACGACAAGUUGAGCAAUACUUACGAGAGCACGUCAGUACUCGAACAGGAUGGUAACCUCAUAAUCGUCCAAGCGCCUUCUCUGGACAAACGAGGAAGACCUAUCAAUUCUGACAAUGUGAGUUUGCCGCCACACCUGAGUUUGACUGAGAUCCAAACUGCAUACACCAAUGGAGCACUGGCAGCGCUGAGCCGGGGACCAUCGUACUUGUAUCCUUUGCGAAACACGAAAGUCACAUUGACGCUUAGACCCGAAGAACACAUCUUCGGGAUUGAAACAACCUAUGCUUCCCUCACUUCGGCAGCCAGACUUGCCACAAUUGCGGCUUUUAAGGAUGCUACAAAGGAAGUGCCCACGUCCUUGAUGGAACCUGUGAUGAACGUUGACAUUAGCAUCGACGAGGCCAGUCUCGGUUCCAUAAUUCAAGACAUCUCAUCCACACGAGGCGGCCAGAUCGUCUCGCUAGGUGAUCACGAGGAAGACAACGCAGAAUCAAGUGGUGGCCGAAAGCAUAUUGAUAUACGCAAGAUCUACGCCCCAAAAGACCCCUUCGAAUCGUCGUCUAGCGGGAUAGAAGAACACACACAAGUCAACCCGCAGAGAACCGUAAAGGCGAAGGUUCCCUUACGUGAGAUGGUAGGAUACCUCAAACACCUCCGGAGCAUGACUGGAGGAAGAGGAACGUUUGUGAUGAGUGUUGACCGAUUUGAAAAGGUCACUGGGCAACGGGAGAGGGCCGUCAUCUCUGAACUACGUGGUGAGACGUUGUAA